UGUUGUUUAUGUUUGCAUCUCACUUGUCAGCUGCUUACAAGAUCCUACUGGUGUUUCCAAUGCCGGGAAAGAGCCACACCAUCCUCGGGGACGGCUUCGUCAGGAACCUGCUCAACGCUGGACAUGAGGUGACGUACAUAACUGCGUUCCCGGUGGAAAACCCACCAGCGAGACUACAUCAAGUAAAUGUCAGCGAUAACAUCAAGUAUUUCCCAGUUGACUUAGUGAAUAUAAAAAAGCUGAUCGAUGAUAAAGGGGAACAGCCAAGUCUAAGUGUUUUCUUCGGCAUAAUCGAACAGCAAGCGAAGAACACGGUCAGCAAUGAGAAUGUACAGAGGCUGAUGAGGGAUCCAAAACAAAACUUUGAUGCCGUCAUUGUCGAGUGGUUCUUUUCGGAAGUAUUCACUGGAUUCGGCUCAGUGUUCGGUUGCCCCAUGAUCCUGUUCUCGUCAGUGGAACCUCACUGGAUGGUGUUGCAGUGGAUCGACGGGCUGCCCAACCCCGCCUACACCGUGGACAUCCAGUCCACCGGCACCGCGCCGCUCGGCUUCGUAGCCCGAGUCAAGGAACUCUUCAACCAGGUCGCCGGACUGCUGUUUAAGUCGCUAUACUUCGAAGCGAUAGAGAAUAAAAUCUACGAGGAGAACUUUAGGCCAGCGGCAGAAGCUAGAGGCAGGACGCUGACUCCACUGAACGUUCAGAGAUACAACAUAUCCCUGAUGCUGGGCAACUCCCACGUGUCUUUGGGAGAGGCCACCAGGCUGCCACAGAGCUACAAGCCUAUAGGAGGAUACCACAUCGAUCCUGACCUAAAGCCACUAUCAAAGGAACUCAAAAAUAUCAUAGAAAGUUCAAAAGAUGGAGUGAUCUACUUCAGCAUGGGGUCCAACCUGAAAAGCAAAGACUGGCCGGUAGAAAUCAAACAAGACCUGUUGAAAAUGUUCUCAGGACUGAAACAAACUGUUCUGUGGAAAUUCGAAGAAGACUUACCGAACUUACCUAAAAAUGUGCACAUCUUGAAAUGGGCCCCUCAACCAACAAUAUUAGCUCACCCCAAUACAAAAUUAUUCAUCACCCACGGCGGUCUCCUGUCCACGACCGAGACGAUCCACUUCGGGGUUCCCAUCAUCGGCAUCCCAGCCUUCGCAGACCAGUUCGUCAAUGUAGACCGCGCCGUCGGCAAGGGCUUUGCCAAGCGAGUCGACCUGUCUUAUAACAUUGCUCAAGAGUUGAAGGGUGCUAUUGAAGAGCUGCUUACAAAUCCUAGCUACACGGAGAGAGUGAAGGAGUUGUCCCUGAUCUACCACGACCGGCCGGCGCCGCCCGCGCGCGAGCUGGUGCACUGGGUGGAGCACGUGGUGAAGACUCGCGGCGCGCCGCACCUGCGCUCCCCCGCGCUUCUGGUCCCCUGGUACCAGAAGGUCUAUCUGGACCUAGCGGUUGUAGUUUUUUCUGUGCUAGCGGCCAUCUAUAUCGGCUUGAAACGGCUGUGCUGUAGCAAAAAGGUGGAGAAGACCAGUGCUAAAAAGAAGAAAAACUAGUUUAAAAUAGUUUUAAACAAAUUGUGAUAAAUUAUGUAAAUUGCAUGGUUGUUGGUUAUGGUUUAUGUUUGAUGAACUGAUUUGCUAGUUGUUGAACCUGGCAGUUAUCGAUACAGUCAUAAUGUACAUAUUUUUUAAAUAAAGUUUUAUUUUGAAACUA